AUGACCGAGUUAGUUGAAGCACCUGUUCUUAAUUCUCGCCUUCGUGACAAAAGAAAAGAGACCGAGGACCCUGAGGUCGCAGAGUACUUUAAGGCAAAAGAAUUGUUUACAAACGGUAUCAAUAUCGCGUCAAAGAUUCCAGAUGAUUCGAAUGAAGAAACUUUGAAAGCUCAUGAGAAAGAAAUUCGGGAAUCUACAAAAUGUCUUGUCGAAGCCUUUUUAUUAGACGAGAAAGCAACUGAAAUGUCACCUAGGAUUAUGUCACUUGCUCAGCAAUAUGAAAAACUUUUAAAGCUACAAUAUGAUUAUUCUCCUCCGGAGGAGGCAGAUACAUUCGAACCGGAGUUUACAAGGGAGUCACUUAUACUAGUAAUCUGGCUUCUCUUCAACGGAAAACAAUAUCAGUUCUGCAUUCAGACUCUUACCAUAGCCCUUAGACAACUUGAUCCAUCUCUUCAUCCUCGUCUUCUCCAUCUUCGCGCUUCAUGUUAUCUUGCAGCCGGAGAACACAAACAUUGUAUCAAAGACCUUGAACGCCUGGUGUCUAUUCAUCCCAAUUUCGUUGAUGCUUAUAACAUUAUGGGGUCUAUAUAUAGAUCACAGGGUGAUCGAAUGGAGGCUACACGUAACUUUAAAAUUUACAUUGAAAAGGCUAAUAAAGAUUCGACUUCUUAUGCUCCUGCUCUUUACGCUUUAUCUGCACUUACGAUUCAAAAUGCCAACGCAACGACGAUAGGCAAUCGGAAACAGGUCACACAAAAUUUACGUACUCAACAAGCUUUAAAUUACUACGUAAGAGCUAAAGAAGCGGAAGUAAGGUACAAUUAUCUUUACGGACGCACACCUGAGAUGACCGAUGCUAAACGUACUGCGGUCGCACUUUUCGAACCAGAACAUCUUAAAGAAAGUACGAAAGUGGAAAAAGGAUCCAAAAAGGAGGCUGAAAGAUUAAAAAUUUUGCAACGAUUCUUUGCAUCAUCCCAGAAUAAUCAGGGUAAAAAGUGUAAUUCUUGUAGCAGCCAAGUACGAAAAGAUGUAAAUGGGGAAGUAGGUAGUGAAAAGAAAGCACAAUUGCUAGUUUGUUCCGGUUGUGGAAGUGUGAACUAUUGUUCCAAAGAAUGCCAAAAGAAUGAUUGGAAAAAUGGACAUAAACAACAAUGUGCAUUAUUGAAAGGUGCAACAUUGAAAGGAGCAAACAACAAAUAG